AAUGGCUGAUUUAAUAUUAGAUAUCGUUACGGCGCUGGAAUAGCAGUUCAACUAUCGAUACCCUGAUUGCAAUCGUUGUUUACCGAUAUGUUUUUCUUGUCGAUAAGGUGCCGAGCUAAAUAGAUGUCAACAAAAUUCAAUAACCAACAAACAAAUAAAGAAAACGUGCUGAAAUGUCUUACCUACUCACAGAAAUAGCGUUGGAAAUGCUGGGUUACAAGUUCUACGACACCAAUGGCAUAUUUCAUCUUACCAACUUUCAAAGUCAGACCGCUCAAUCUGAAAAUCAAAAUUCGGAUGAGCCUUCUUUAAUGGAUUUCAUUGAGCAACGAGAGCCGCCGACGCCGGCGCCACAAGCCAAAUCGCUGCAAAACGGGCACUGCGUGAAGGAGGACCCAGAUAAAUCUACAACCUCUCUGAAAUUGGAACCAACCAUUGAAUUACCAAGCACAAGUACAAGCACCUCGCUUAACCGUCGAACCCCCGCAAAAGCUUUGGCCAAGAUUGUUCACUAUGAGAGUGACAAGAUUUGCAAUCAAAUUACCGUACGGAUAGAAAAGGCUAUGCAAAAACAGAAUACAAAUUUCCAAAGCGCUCUAACAAAAUGCGUUAACGAGGAGGUCCAGAAAAUAAAAGACGAUGCAACGGAGUUGCAAAAGUUUCGGGAAUUCCUAGAAGACAGCUUGCGGCGGAUUGAUCGGCGUCCAUACGAGAAGUAUUUACGGACUUUUGGGGACAAGGAUUAGAUCUCGAAUACAUAGAUGCUUUAGUUUUGUGAGCUAAAGUUAUGUGUAGUGCACAUACAUAUUUAAUUGUAGUAUUAAAAUACCUUAUAAAAAACUUCUUAAAUUAAGAUGUUAAAUAUGAUUGUAAAAAAGCGAAUUGUAAAUUAUAACAUAAACAGUUUAAUCAAA